CGCGUCGUGGCGGGAAUUUCGCCGGUUUCUGCUCCGGAACCCGCGGGAUCCCGGGCUGUGGUCUGGAUCGCGAGCGGCAGAUUUCGGGAACUGGGAGUGAGUCUCUUCGCAGCUUCUCUCUGGAGCUGCUCUCGCUGGUCAGCAUCAUGUACCACAGGCAUUUCAGAACUGGAAGUAGAUAAUGGAUAACUGUGCUGGUGUGUCUGCGCUCUUGACCGACAGCUUGGAGCUGGAGCUGGGGACAGAAUGGUGCAAGCCCCCUUGCUUUUCUUGUGCGGUUGACAAUGCAAGAGGAGAAAACCAUUUUUCUGGGGAUUCCUACCUUUGCAAUGGGACACUUAAGAGAUUAUUUUUGAAUCUCGAUCCGUUACCAACCAACUUUGAGGAGGAUACUGUGGAACUUUUUGGUAUUCAGUGGGUCACUGAAACAGCGCUUGUGGAUUCUUCCAGAGAGCUCUUUCAUUUAUUCAGGCAACAGCUAUACAACUUGGAAACCUUAUUACAGGCCAACUGUGAUUUUGGGAAGAUAUCAACUGUGCAUGACAAGGCAGACAACAUUAGACAGCACUGUGUAAUGUUUCUCCAUUAUGUUAAGGUUUUUAUCUUCAGAUACCUGAAAGUACAAGAUGCCGAGAGUCGUGCUCCUGUCCAUCCCUAUGAGGCCUUGGAGGCUCAGCUUCCCUCAGUCUUGGUUGAUGAGCUUCAUGGAUUACUAUUGUAUAUUGGACAUCUGUCUGAACUUCCCAGUGUUACCCUAGGAGCAUUUGUAACUCAAAACCACAUUAAGCUUUUUCCACCUUCAUGGCAUUUAUUACAUCUCCAUUUGGAUAUCCAUUGGCUGGUCCUAGAAAUUCUUCACAUAUUAAAUGAAAAAAUCAAACAAGUUGUAUACAGUCAUCAGUUUAUGAAUCUGGCAGGUGAUAAUCUAACCAGUGUCAGCCUAUUUGAAGAACAUUGUGAAAAUCUCCUUUGUGAUUUAAUAAGCUUGUCACUCAACAGGUAUGACAAGAUUAGGCUUACUGAAGCGUUAAUGAGUCAUCAUUGUCCAUGUCUGUGUAUUAAAGAAUUAUGGGUUCUACUCAUUCAUCUUCUAGACCACAGAAGUAAAUGGUCUCUCUCUGAAUCAUUUUGGAGUUGGUUGAGUAAGAUACUUAAGAGGCUCUUUGAAAAAUCAAGUGACCAAAGACAGCCUUCUGUGCGCACAAUCCAGUCAAGGGAUCCAGCAGGUUUUAGUUGGUGGAUUAUUACCCAUGUAGCAUCGUUUUACCAAUUUGAUCGUCAUGGAGUACCAGAUGAAAUGAGACAAAUGGUAUCUAAUUGGAGCUUCGUAGAAGAACUGUUAAAAAAAUCUACCAGUGUUCAGGAUGACAUACUAGAGGAACAAUUACGAAUGUAUCUUCAUUGUUGCUUGACACUUUGUGAUAUCUGGGAACCAAAUAUUGGAAUUGUCAAUACUUUAUGGGAAUAUUAUAAUAAGAACUUGAAUAGUUCCUUCACUAUUUCUUGGCUUCCUUUAAAGGGCCUCUUUAAAAAGAAUUCACCCAUGUCUAUGCUUGAAAUGGUGAAGACCUGCUUUUGUGAUAAACCAGACCACAACCUGUAUAAAUCCAGUAGUAGUUACGACAUUUUCCUUUGCAUUUUGGCAAAAGUAGUUAAGAAAGCAAUGAAGAACAAUGGCCCUCAUCUUUGGAAACAAGUCAAAGGAAGGAUAUAUUCUAAAUUUCAUCAAAAAAGAAUGGAAGAAUUAACUGAAGUUGGGUUGCAAAACUUUUUCAGUCUUUUUCUGUUGUUAGCAGCUGUGGCAGAGAUAGAAGAUGUGGCAAGUCAUGUUUUAGAUCUCCUGGAUUUCCUCAAGCCUACUUUUGUCACAUCUCAUAGAGCUCUCAUGUGGAAAGGGCAGAUGGCCUUCCUCUUGAUGUACGCCCAGAGGAAUCUGGACAUUGGCGUUUUGGCUGAGAAACUUUCAUGUGCUUUCCGAGAGAAAGCAAAGGAAUUCUUAGUAUCUCAGAAGGAUGAAAUGGCGCAGAGGCACACUCUGUGGACGCUGCUUUCCAUCUACAUGGAUGGCAUCCAGGAAGUGUUUGAGACCAGCUACUCCUUGUGUCCUUCCCAUGAGAAGCUGCUCAAUGAUGGAUUUAGUAUGCUUCUGCGGGCUUGUCGGGAGCAUGAACUUAGGGCAGUGCUGAACUUUCUACAAGCUGUUCUGGCCAGAAUCAGGAAUAUACAUCAGCAGUUGUGUCAGGAACUUCAAAGAGAAAAUAUGGACUUAGUUGUGCAGUCUUCAUUAUUGGCUAAAGAGCGCCAUCUUGCUGCAGUUGCCAGUACACUGUGGAAACAUUUCUUUUCAUUUUUGAAGAGCCAGAGGAUGACAGAAAUAGUACCUCUCUCACAACUCGCAGAUGCAGCUGCAGAUUUUACUUUGCUAGCAAUGGACAUGCCAAGCACAGCUCCAUCAGAUCUUCAGCCUCAGCCAGUUGUAUCAAUAAUUCAACUUUUUGGUUGGGAUGAUAUCAUCUGCCCCCAAGUUGUAGCAAGAUUUUUAAGUCAUUUACUACAAAACAGCACAUUAUGUGAAGCACUUUCUCAUUCAAGCCAUGUUUCUUUUCAAGCCUUGACUAUAAGAUCAUGGAUCCGCUGUGUUUUACAAAUGUAUAUAAAAAAUCUUUCUGGAUCUGAUGAUUUGUUUGUGGACAUAAAUCCUGAGCAAGCACUAGAAAAAGAAUACUUGGAGCAGUUGGCUGAACUGACAAGGUUACUAUUUAAGCUCUCAGAGGUAAAGAGUGUUUUCUCAAAGGCUCAAAUUGAACAUUUGCCUUCUCCUGAAGAUCCUAAAAAUGCACUUGCUCAAUUCCUUGAGGCUGUUGGUAUAACUUAUGGGAAUUUCCAGACACUUUCUGAUAAGUCUACCAUGGUCACAAAGUCCUUAGAAUACCUUGGUGAAGUAUUAAAGUAUAUAAAACCUUAUCUGGGUAAAAAAGUUUCCACUGCAGGACUGCAUUUGACUUAUGGAAUGAUGGGGAUUCUUGUUAAAUCAUGGGCACAAAUCUUUGCUACUUCUAAAGCGCAAAAAUUACUGUAUCGGAUCAUAGAUUGUUUACUGCUGCCACAUGCAGUGUUGCAGCAAGAGAAGGAGGUUCCUGCCCCUAUGUUGACUGCAAUUCAGAAGAGUCUUCCUUUGUUUCUACAGGGCAUGUGUAUCGUGUGUUGUCAAUCUCAAAAUCCAAAUGCCUAUUUGAAUCAACUGCUGGGGAAUGUUAUUGAGAAGUAUAUUGGGCGAUUUCUUCCAGCCUCACCAUAUGUUUCUGGCCUUGGACAGCAUCCUGUUUUGUUGGCACUAAGAAACUCAGUCAUUGCUCCACCAACAACACCAUCGCUAAAGAAAUGCAUUGUACAAGUCAUAAGGAAAUCGUAUUUUGAGUUUAAAGGGUCCUCACCUCCCCCUCGCUUAGCAUCCCUUCUGGCCUUCAUCCUCCAGCUCUUCAAGGAAACCAACGUAGAUAUUUGUGAGGUUGAAUUACUCCUCCCUGGCAUCUUAAAAUGUUUGGUGUUGGUCAAUGAACCCCAAGUUAAAAGGCUGGCCACAGAGAACCUGCAAUACAUAGUAAAAGCCUGCCAAGUGGGGUCAGAAGGAGAAUCUGCUGCCCAGCUGACUUCUGUGUUGAGGCAGUUUAUCCAAGAUUAUGGCAUGAAAUAUGACUAUCAAGUUUACAACAUUUUAGAAACAGUAGCAACAUUGAAUCAACAGAUUGUCAUCCACUUGAUUUCUACCCUUACUCAGUCUCUAAAGGAUUCUGAGCGGAAAUGGGGCCUUGGCAGAAAUAGUGCACAAAGGGAAGCCUAUAGCAAACUCUUAUCUUACCUAGGACAGAUGGGACAAGAUGAGAUUCAGAGACUGGAAAAUGAUAAUACCUAAUAUAUUUGUGGUUUGUCAUCUUUAUUGAUUAUCACUAACCAAAGCCACUAUGCACCACCCUAAUACCUAUUUUUAAUUAAUUGUAUAAUAUAAUGUUCUGCUAAAAGUAAUGUCUGAUUUUUUUACAUAACUGUAAAUAUAAAGUGUACAAAUUAUUAAAUAUGUAAUAGGAAACUCAACCUUGCAAAGCUACAUUCUAUCUUGAAGAGAUUUUAAAGUAAAUUAAAGAAACUGUU